AAGGGGAACCUCAGCCUGGGGAGCUAUUGCUAUUGUUACGGCCUGCCGAGACCGGUUGAUAGAAAAAUGAAGCUCCAUUUGGAUAUAUUCCUGGCUGCAGUCCUGUUACGCAGAAUCUCAGCGGAUUGCUUGGACAAUUGCCCGCCGGGCUUCAGAGGACGUCCGGUCUGCGCCCUGCAGUACUCUUGCUACCUGGACAUGGAAUACUGCUCGAUGUUGGCCAUCAACUGUGCCCGUCAUGCCGAGGGCAAGCCCAUGUUCAUGUUUCUACACGAAGGCCAGUGUAGCAAGGGCUUGGAGCACCAGCCCUGCAAAUCAGUGGAUUUCUGAUCUCUAGCGGAGGAUGUCCGUAUUUAUUGAUUGAUGAUUGAUAAUUACAGAUUCAAGAGCUUAGUAUAAAUAAAAUGUAGCAGUGCUGAUUAUA